AUGUCUGAACCACACGCGUCAUCACCUGCAGUAACUACUUCGGAACCUUCAGGAAAAGAAGCAAAGAAACAAACUGAAGACUAUGGCACCUUCGGUCAAGUGUUGUACCACGUGGUGUCGUUCACUGAGGGCUACGAGCAGCAGGUGUUGUACUUGUGCAUGAGGCUCUUCGAGUCAACUAUGGGCUUCACGAAGCAACAGCAGACAAUGCUGAUGACUGUGUCUAUCAUGUCGCGGUUGUGCUUCUCGCUCGUUUGGGGGUUGCUGGCGGAUGCGUUUGAGACUAAUCUGGUGAUGUCUGCUGGGCUAUUAUUCAUGGGCAUUGCCUCCAUUCUGCUAAGCUCCACGUCACGGUACUCGUCGAUCCUCUUCUUGCGUUUCUUACACGGCGCCGCAUUCGGCUGCAUCUAUCCAGUUCAGCAAAAGAUUAUCUCGGAUAAAGAUGAUGAGGAGAGCAGUACCAGUAGCAGCACGUUCACCCGUCUUCAUGCGCUGAAUUGCAUUGGACUUGGCAUCGCGAUUAUAUUUGCAAUGCAAACUCCGAAGGAACUCAUUUCUCCGUAUGACUCCAUCAACGACUUUAUCAACCAAAUAUCCGGAGCCUUUAAGGCGGUUUUCAAUUCUUGGUCCGCAUUUCUGUGUAUAUUCACGAUGCUUAUCGCGGAGGCUCCGAUGUGCACCCUGCCGUACAUGAUCACGUACCUGGAAUAUUUGGGUGUGUCUGAUAUGAAGGUUGGAAUUGCGAUUUUGGUCACAACGAUUGGAGGCGCGGCAGGGACUGCGGCUGGUGGUAUAGUUAUCGAAAAAAUCACAAGUACGCAUAAGGAAUUUGGCGAGCUGAUAGCCGGAAUUGUCGUGAUGGGCGUGCGAUUAAUCGUUUGUGUGUUGUUCUUUGUGUCCCCGGCUCCAGACGGACGUCUGAUGUGGUAUCACUACAUAGAGUUUGCGGUUCUCGGGGCUACUUUGGUCACAGUUGGCGGAGUAGAUAGACCUAUUAUGAGAAAAGUCAUCGAGGACAAGUACCAAGCCAGCGCAUCAGCCAUCAUCCAGUGCAUAUCGGGUAUCUCGGUCAGCGUCAGUUUCGUCGAAAUCUUCGCGUACGUGUCAGAGAAGCUGCAUGGUUACGCCCCGUCAACACAGGCAAUUGAUGACAUGGAAAAGGGUCUCAAAGAUAACAACACCGAGGCGCUGAGGAAGUCGACCAUGUACAUGAUUGUGAUAGGCUCACUGCUCAACAUUGCGUGCUAUGGCGCGUUGUUUGGUACGUAUAAGACAGACAAGGAGAAAAUAGUACCGGAAAAUAAGAAAGAAUGGAAGAUAAGGGAAGAAAGAAGGCAAGAAAAACUGAAACAAGAGAAAAGCGUGUCAGAUAAGACAAAACAAGAAGAAGCAAUAACAGAAUUUCCAGAGGAACCAAAGGAAACUGCAAUCACAGUUAUACCAGGGGAUGGUGGCGCGGAGGCUUCAAUGGAAGUGGAAAGACCUGAGGAGAGAGGCAGGUCAGAUGAUUAUUUGACCCCAGAACAGAGGAUUAUAUUUUUGCGCUCUGGCGGCACCCGUGUAUCUUGA